CUCCGUUCCCUGCUGGAAUCCCCAUCCCGCCGCCGAGCCGGGACUUUCCCACCCGUUUUGCUCGCGGGAAGCGCCGGGGGGGGCCAUGUCCUCGCUGCUGUCCCUCCAGGAGGAGAACAGGAUCCUGCAGCAGGAGCUGUCCCGGGUGGAGGAUCUGCUGGCCCAGAGCCGGGCGGAGCGCGAUGAGUUGGCCAUCAAGUACAACGCCAUCAGCGAGAGGCUGGAGCAAUCCCUGCGCACGGAGGCGGGAGAGCGGGAAGCGGCCGAGAGCCGGAGCCUGGCCCAGCACAACAUCGAGCUCCGGAGGCUCCUGGAGGAGGAACAAGCCGCCUACAAGCGGAAGCUCCAGGCCUACCAGGAGGGGCAGCAGAGGCAGGCCCAGCUCGUGCAGAAGCUCCAGGCCAAGGUGCUGCAGUACAAGAAGAAAUGCGGGGAAGUGGAGCAGCAGCUGCUGGAGAAGGCGACGGAGCUGGAGCAGGAGAGGCUGACGAUCCAGCUGGAUGCCAGCGGCUCCCAGCCAGAGGAGGAGAGCAGCAACGAGCUGGAGAAUGCCCUGAUCCGGCUGGAAGAGGAGCAGCAGAGGAGCAGCAGCCUGGUGCAGGUGAACUCGAUGCUGCGGGAGCAGCUGGAACAGGCCAACGCGGCCAACGCGGCGCUGAGCGAGGACAUCCGGAAGCUCACGGCGGACUGGGCACGGAGCAGGGAUGAGCUGGAGCAGAGGGAGGCCGAGUGGAGGCGCGAGGAGGAGUCCUUCAACGCCUACUUCAGCACGGAGCACAGCAGGCUCCUGACCCUCUGGAGGCAGGUGGUGGCUCUGCGGCGGCACUUCGGGGACAUGAAAUCCAGCACCGAGAGGGACCUGUCGGAGCUGGGCCACGAGGUGUCCCGGGCGGGCCGCGCCGCCCACGCCGCCUGCCUGGCCCUGGGGGCCAACCUGCGCCUGGCCGAGAGCCAGGCGGGAGCGGCGCGGGAGCGGCGGGAGCUGCGCCUGGCACAGCUGGAGGAGCAGCUGGCGGCGCGGGCUCGAGAUGCCGACCUGGAGAAAUCCGCCCUGGGAGCCAAGCUGGAGGAGAUGACGGCGGCGCUGGAGCGGCGGCGGGGCGAGGACGAGGAGAGGGAGCGGGCGGUGCAGGCGCUGACCCUGCAGCUGCGGGAGCUGGAGGCCGCGCGCGCCCGGGAGCCGCCGCCGGAGGAGGUGCAGGCGCUGCGCUCGGAGCUGGAGCUGCUCCGCCACACCCUGCACGACGUCACCCAGGCGGUGCUGGCCGAUGACCCCGCGUCCUCCCCAGCGCCCGGCGCGCUGUCGCCGCCCUGUCCCGCCGUGUCCCCUGCCCUGUCCCCCGGCGCCGUUCGCUCGUGGCUGGUCCGGCGGCGGGCGGAGCUGACGGAAGCGCGGAGCCAGGCGGAGCAGGGCCGGGAAGCGGCCGCAGGGCUGCGGCGGGAGCUGCGGGACAGCGAGGGGCGGCUGGAGGCGCUGGAAAAGCGGCUGGAGCAGCUCCGGGCGGAGACCGGGAACUGCCGCCGGGAGCGGGACGAGGCGCUGCGGGAGGGACUCGGGCUGAGGGCGCGGAACGAGGAGCUGCGGAGGGAGCUGGAGCGGGCGGAGGCGGCGCUGGCAGUGGAGCAGCAGCGGGCGGGAGCUCUGGAGCAGGAGCGGGCGCAGCUCCAGCGCCAGAAUGAGGGGCUCGAGGAUUCCCGGGAUGAGGCUGCCAGGGAUGCCCAGAGUGCCCGGGAGCAGCUGGAGCACAGCCAGCGGCAGCUGGAGGAGCUGGAGGCGCAGCGGGCGCGGGCGCAGCGGGAGCUGCUGGAGGCGAGGGAGGAGCAGAGCCGGGCGGAGCUGCAGGCGGAGCUGGCACGGGGAGAGCGGGACGUGCUGGCACAGGCGCUGGGAAAGGCACAGGGCAGCUGCGGGGAGCUGGCCCUGGCACAGCGGGCGGCGGAAUCCGAGGAAUGCCGGCUGCGGGACGCCCUGGCCAAGACCUCGGAGCUGGCGUCGGGGCUGGCGCGGGAGAAGGCGGAGCUGUGCCGGCGGCUGGAGCGGCUGGAGCAGGAGCGGGAGCGCGGGCGGCUGCGGACGCGGGAGCUGCUGCGGGAGCUGGCGCAGCUCCGGGCGCGGCUGGAGCGCGGGCGCCGCGCCGGGAUCCUGGAGCGGCAGGGCCUGGAGCGGGCCCGGAGCGCGGCGCUGGAGGGAUCCCGGGGCGUGCGGGCGGAGCUGCGGGCGCUGCGCCAGGAACACCUUCGGCUGCGCCAGCACCUGGCACAGGCUCUGCAGGCCCAGGGCACGGCGGGCGAGGCGCUGGCGCGGGCGCGGGCGGAGCAGGAGCAGCUGCGGGCGGAGCAGGAGCGGCUGAGCCGGAGCCACGCGGAGCUGGCCCAGGACAGCGCCGGGCUGGCCGUGCAGCUCGCCAUGGCACAGCAGCACGGGCAGGAGUGCCACAGGGAGGCACAGGGGCUCAGGUCGGAGAAGGAGGGGCUGGAGAGCAGCGUGUUCCAGCUGCAGGCACAGCUGGCCCAGCUCCAGGCCCGGAACCAGCAGCUGGAGAGCGAGGGCCGGACGCUGCUCCAGGCCAAGGAGGCACUGGAGGCCGAGCUGGGGGUGUCGCGGCAGGAGCGGGCGCAGGAGCUGCGGUGCCGGCGCCGGGCGGUGGCGGCGGCCGAGGCGGCCGCGGUGACGGUGACCCUGCGGAGCGCCCGCGACGCCCACCGGGACCAGCUGGAGCAGCUCCAGCGCCACAAGGAGGAGCUGGAGGCCGAGCGGGGCCGGCUGAUGCAGGAGCAGGACGAGCUGGUGGCCGAGCUGGCGGCGCUGCGGCAGCAGCACCAGAGCGAGAAGCAGCAGGCCCUGGCCCUGCAGGAGGAGGAGAGGGCAGCCCUGGCAGAGACGCUGGCGGGGCUCCAGCGGAGCCUGGAUGAGGCCACGGCCGAGCUGGAGCAGCAGCGGAGAGAGGUCACCACCCACCAGGAGAAGGAGCAGUCCCUGUGCUCGGAGCUGCUCUCGCUGCGGGCGCGGGCGGAGGCGGCGGCUCAGACCCACGAGCGGGAGGCGCGGGCGCUCCGGGACCAGGCGGCGGCGGCGGCCAAGCAGCGGGACAGCGCCCUGCGGGAGGCGGAGGAGGCGCGGGCGCAGCUGCGCUCGGCGGCCGAGGCGCGGGCGGCCGGGCGGCGGGAGCUGCUGGAAGCGCAGCGGGACGCCCGGGAGAGCCGGGAAGGGCGCGAUGCGGAGCGGAGGCAGGCGCAGGAGGCGCGCAGGGCCCUGGGCGACGAGGCCAGGGAGAAGGAGACCCUGCGCCGCUCCAACGAGGAGCUGCGGGCGGCCCUGCGGAGGGCGGAGGGGGAGCGCAUCAGCCUGAAGCGCUCCGGGGAGGACAAGGAGCAGCAGCUGGCGCUGCUGGAGGCGGGGCGGGCGGCGGCCGAGCGGGAGGUGACGGAGCUGCGGGCGGCGCUGCGGGAGCUGGAGCGCGGCCGCCUGGACGCCCGCCGGGAGCUGCAGGAGCUGCGCCGGCAGGUGAAGGACCUGGACAGCGAGAACAGCCGGCGGAGCAGGGAGGUGGGGGAGCUGCAGGCGCGCGUGGCGCUGGAGGAGCAGCGGGAGGAGCGGAGCCGCCGCGAAGCCUUCGGCCUCAGGAGGAAGGUGGCGGAGAGCGAGGCCGACACGGAGGCUGCCAGGAAGGAGCUCCAGCAGCUCCAGCAGCGCCUGGCGGAGGCGGAGGCGGAAUUCCGGCAGCGGGAGAAGGAGCUGGCGCGGAGCCUGGAGGAGGCUCGCGGCAACGAGAAGAAGCUGCUGGCGGACUCCCGGAACCUGCAGCUGAAGGUGGAGGCGGCGCGGGGCGAAGUGUCCGAGCUGAGCCUGCGGCUGAGCGCGGCCCAGGGCCGGGCCCAGGGGCUGGAGGCGGAGCUGGCCCGGGGCGAGGAGCUGCGCCGGGCGGCCGAGUCCCGGCUGGGCGGGCUCCAGGCGGCCCUGCGGAGAACCGUGGGCAUGGCCCGGGCCCGGCCCGGCCCCCUGGCCCCCGGCGGGGCCCCAGAGGGGUCAGGAAGCCCCGGCUCCUCCCCGGAGCCCGACCCCGCAUCCGAUCCCGAGGCGGCGCGGGCGGCCCUGCGGGAAUUCCUACGGGAGCUGCAGGAGGCGCAGCGGGAGCGGGAGGAGCUGCGGGUGCAGGUCGGGAGCCUGGGCCGGCGCCUGGCGGAGGUGGAGCAGGAUCGGGAUAACGCCAAUUCCCGGGCACAGCAGCUCCAGAAGCUCAUGGAAGAGAGCGAGGAAGGGCACUGCGGGGACCUGAGCAGCUCCCAGGCCACGCUCCUGCUCCAGGAGGAGACCCUGCGCCAAUCCCAGCGGGAACGCCGUGAGCUCCGGGACAAGGUGGCGGCGCUGGAGCGGAGCCUCCGCAAUUCCGAGCGGGAAUGCCGGGCGGCACAGGAGCGGCUGAGCGCGGCGCGGGCCGGGGGGGCCGAGCUCCUGGAUGCCAAGCGGCGCCUGGAAGCGCUGGAGAGCCGGAGCUGCCGCCUGGAGCUGCAGCGGUGGGUGCUGGAGGGGGAGCUGGGCCGGACCCGGCGGGCACUGGGAGAGCGGGAAGCGGAGGCCAAGGAGGCCAAGGAACGGGCGGAGCUGCUCCAGAAACAGCUGGCCCAGAGUGAGCAGCGUUCCAGCACAUUCCAGCUGCUCAGUGCCCCGCUGGACAGCGAUUCCAAGGAGGAUUCUCCGAGCUCUCCCUCCGUGUCCGAUGGUUCCCUGCUCCAGGAGCGGCUCCAGCAGCUCCAGAGCGCCCUGACCGCCGGAGAGCUGGACCGGAGGGGGCUCCAGGAGGGGCUGGAGGUGGCGCGGCGGGCGCUGGCGGAGGCGCGGCAGGAGAAGGGAAUGCUGCGGGAGCAGCUGCAGGGAAUGCGGGAGCAGCGGGAGGAGCUGCAGCGCUCCAGGGACCGGCUGGAGGAACAGCUCCGACUGCGGGUGGAGCGGGAGCCGCCGGGCUCCCGGGCUGAGCCCCUGCCGGCGGGGCUGGAUCGGUCCCUGGGCAGAGCCGAGCGCGAGCUGGGCCAGGCUCGGACACGGCUGCGGGAGCUGCGGGCACAGGUGUCGGCGCUGGAGCUCCGCUCUGCUCCCGCUCUGGGAUCGUCCCCGGAGCUGCAGCGGGAGCUGGAGCAGCUGCGGAUCGGGCCCAGCCUGGAGGAGCAGGUGAGGGGACACCCCGGGGGGGGACACUGUCCCCUCCUGCCACCCUCCAACCUCCCCCAUUCCUGGCAGAUCACGCUGCUGAAGGAGCAGGAGCUCCAGCGUCACCCCCCCGGGAUUUAGGGACAUCCCGGGACACCCGCAGGGACUGGCACAGCCCAUGGAGGAGGGGGAUCCAUCCCCAUCCCAAAAAACCAUGGCAGAGACCAUC